UUAACAGAUUGAAUGCAGCUCAGCUACAAUAACAGACAUGAAACAGUCAUAACAUAACAAACAAACUAGUGAUGAAUUAGUUUAAGGUUGAUCCUCUCGGGAAGGCAGCGGACAUGGCUGCUGGCGUCUUUCUCUUCGUUGCAGUGAACCUCGCCUGCUUAUCUGUCAGUGGGAACUUGGUCUCAGGAGAAAGAUCGUUCUCUAUCGACUACAAAAACAACUGUUUCCUCAAAGAUGGGAAGCCUUUCCAGUACAUCUCAGGCAGUAUUCACUACUCCAGAAUCCCGCGGUACUACUGGAAGGACCGGCUCACAAAGAUGUACAUGACUGGACUCAAUGCUGUCCAAGUGUAUGUGCCCUGGAACUUCCAUGAAACGGUCCAGGGGGUCCAGAACUUCACGGGGGACCGAGACCUGGAGCACUUUCUGGAUCUGGCCAAUCAGACAGGUCUGCUGGUCAUCCUGCGUCCAGGACCGUACAUCUGUGCAGAGUGGGAAAUGGGUGGAUUGCCAGCGUGGCUCCUUCAGAAACCAAACAUCGUACUUCGCUCAGCUGAUGCAGAUUAUGUCCAGGCAGUCAGCAACUGGCUUGCUGUUCUUCUGCCCAAAAUGAAGCCUUGGCUGUAUGUCAACGGGGGCAACAUCAUCACUGUGCAGGUGGAGAAUGAAUAUGGAAGUUACUUCGCUUGUGACUACAACUACAUGCGCCACCUGCGGACUCUGUUCCGCUUCUUUCUGGGUGAAGACACAGUCCUGUUCACCACCGACGGCAACACAGACAAGGAAAUGAAAUGCGGGUCUCUGCAGGGUUUAUACGCCACAAUUGACUUUGGCACAGACACCAACAUAACGAAAGCCUUUAAACGGCAAAGAAAGUACGAACCUCAAGGGCCGCUGGUGAACUCUGAGUUCUACACUGGCUGGUUGGACCACUGGGGGGAUCAGCAUGCUGUGGUUGAUGCUCUGAAUGUCAGCAGAGUGCUGGGAGAAAUGCUAACCAUGGGGGCCAACGUCAACAUGUACAUGUUUGAAGGAGGCACUAACUUUGGCUACUGGAAUGGUGCCGAUCAUGACACGAGGUUCCGCUCAGUAGUGACGAGUUAUGAUUACGACGCCCCGCUGUCUGAGGCUGGAGACCCCACAGAGAAGCUGUUGGCCAUCAGAGAUGUCAUUAAGCAGUUUAAAGAUAUUCCCUCCGGCCCCAUGCCACCAGCAACUCCCAAGUUUGCCUACGGCUUUGUGAACCUGAAAAAGGUUGGUAACAUGAGCGACCUGUUGAACACCCUGUCCCCCCUCGGGCCAGUGAAGUCCCAGUACCCUCUGACGUUUGAAGAGAUGAAACAGUACUAUGGAUACAUGCUGUAUCGCACCACGCUGCCCCGGGACCUCUCCGAGCCCACGCCACUUAUCUCUCCACUGAAUGGGGUUCAUGACCGUGCAUAUGUGUCCGUCAAUGGGGUGUUCCAGGGUCUGUUGCAGAGAGACACGGUGCUGGUGAUGAACAUCAGUGGACGGCAGGGGGACACUGUGGACGUCCUGGUUGAGAACAUGGGCAGGGUGAACUUUGGCAGCAAGAUCAAUGACUACAAGGGCCUCCUGAGCAACCUGUUUGUGGGUAAAGACGUGCUGAGCGACUGGAGGAUCUACCCUCUGGACAUCGAUGGAGCCAUCUCUGGUGGAUGGCCUCACUCAGACGGCCAAGGCUCCUUCCCUGCCCCGCAGAAAGAGCCUUCACUGGGACCAGUGUUCUACAUGGGGACCCUGCAGCCCAACGGCCUUGCCUGGGACACGUUUCUCAAGCUCAAUGACUGGACAAAGGGUCAGGUUUGGAUUAACGGGAUGAAUCUGGGACGAUACUGGGGACACAGGGGCCCUCAACAGACUCUUUAUGUCCCCGGACCCCUGCUCAGCACCACCAUGCCCAACAACAUCACAGUGCUGGAGCUGGAGAACGCCCCAGCACACCAACGGGUUCUCUUCAUGGACCGGCCUCAGCUUAACGUCGUUGGGAAGUCUUAACAGAGCACACUGAGUUUUAAAUCACAUCCACCUGUAGGAAUACUACACCUCAAUAAUCUGUAUAAAACAGGUCUAUUCACCGGAUCAAGGUUUUUUCUGCAUUAUUUCUGUGACGGCUUUAUUCAUUUGUAUAUACAGGAUCAUCUCAAUACAUUAGAAUAUGAUGGAAAAGUAAAUUUCCAGUAGUUGAAGUUAAACAGCCCCAACCAAGUAUUAAGUCAUAUAGAUGGACAUACUUUUCAGAGGCCAACAUUUACAUAUUGAACAUACUUUUUUUAAAUUGGUAUUUUGUAAUAUUAAUUUUUUUUAGACACUGAUUUUAAGCCUUCUGUAAGCCAUAAUCAUUAUAAUUAGAAGUAAUUAAAUAAAUGAAGGCAUGGAAUGUUUCAUUCUGCGUGUAAUGGAUCUAUAUAAUGUGUUAAUUCCACUUUUUGAAUUGAAUUACAAACAUAAACUUUUCUACGAUAUUCUAGUUUAUUGAGAUGCAAAUGUAUCAUUUGUAGCCAAUCACUUCCACUUAAAGUCAUUAAGGUUUUUCCACGCCUGUGAAAAAAAAUGACAGCUAUAUGCAAACAUUACAGUUUUUUUUUAUUGCAUUUGCUUCUAUACAUUUUUCAUUUGCAAAUACUGUGAAUAAAUUAUACGUUUAAUACAUCA